GAGUGAACUGUUGUGGUGCGGAGCCUUGGGCGGGUGGCGGCCCGGUGGCCCAGGGGCUGCCGCUGGACUCCGGGCGCAGCCGAGGGGCUGCAGGGGUGGAGCAGGCUGGACGCCCCCUGGGGCCCGGGCGUCGCGGAUUAGAGGCCGGGCCCCGCGCGGGGAGGCCGGACCACCCCGGGGGAGGUGCCCGGCACCGAGUUUGCCCCGCAGCCGAAAGAAGGCGGGAGCCGGCGGGGGUCCUUGAAACCCCCUGGCAGCCCGGGCCCGGAGUCCCCGGAGUGGCGGCUGCUUGUCGGGACGCCGUUCCGGACGCCCGGGCCGGAGAGUGACGGUUCCGGGCCCCCGGCAGGAGGCGCCGCCGGGUAACCCCCGGCGGAGCCCUGCGAGCGGCCGGAGUCGACCCCGGGGCCUGGAGCGGGGAAGAAGGGGUUUCCGGAGAGGUGGGGCAGGGCGCUGAGGGCGCCGGAGCGCGGCGGAGCGGAGCCGGGCCUCCCCAGUGCGGAGCAGGACAGCACCUCGUCUGGAGACGGACUCCGGGACCCUCGGGUGCGGGGGCCUCAGGGACCUGCCCCGAGGGUAGUGCGGCCGCGGAGUGGCCUACAGGGGACCCUCCCCCAGAGGGGCCGGCCCGGGGCGGGGAGAUGAACGGCUUCAGCACGGAGGAGGACAGCCGCGAAGGGCCCCCCGCUGCCCCCGCCGCCGCCCCGGGCUACGGCCAGAGCUGCUGCCUCAUCGAGGACGGCGAGCGCUGCGUCCGGCCCGCGGGCAACGCCUCCUUCAGCAAGAGGGUCCAGAAGAGCAUCUCGCAGAAGAAACUCAAGCUGGACAUCGACAAGAGCGUAAGGCACCUGUAUAUCUGUGAUUUCCACAAAAACUUCAUCCAGAGUGUACGAAAUAAAAGGAAGAGGAAGACAAGUGAUGAUGGUGGAGACUCUCCUGAGCACGACACUGAUGUUCCUGAGGUCGAUCUGUUCCAGCUACAGGUGAACACUCUACGACGUUAUAAAAGACACUACAAGCUGCAGACCAGACCAGGCUUCAAUAAGGCCCAGUUAGCAGAAACUGUCAGCCGACACUUCAGGAACAUACCUGUGAAUGAGAAAGAGACCCUCGCCUACUUCAUCUACAUGGUGAAGAGUAACAAGAGUAGACUGGACCAGAAGUCGGAGGGCAGCAAGCAGCUUGAGUAAGGAGAAGCGUGUCUUAAAAGAAUGAAGUAUAAUGCUUAAGACACAGGUGAUAUCUGCUACAUUUAAGCCCAUGAAGACUGUUAAAUUUUAUUGUAAAUAAAAAAGUUUGAUGAAUACUGUAAAUCUUUUCGGUCAGGAGGGUUAUAUUCUCAUGAUUUAGCAUGUGUAUAGAAAGACUUUCUCUUUUAAGGCAACUGCUAGACUAAAACAUAAUAUCAUAAAAAGAAUGAGAGAAAAACUAUAUAUCAUAGCAUUCAACAAAGCAUUAAGCCAAUUCUUCUGGAAAUGUGGGGUAAAAAAACAUGUUGGUAAUCACCUUGUAAGCUGUAGCCCUGGCAUAGUGGCAAGGUGCAUUUGAAGGUGGAAGUGCAUGUGCAGACCCAAGUCUGAACUUGCACGCAGCCCACUGCAUCUUAGAUGUCCCAGUUUGUUGCAAACCUUGUAGUUCUAUCAGCAAAUCAGUUUGACACUGUACCCCCUCACUUGCCCUGUGCCUCGCACAUGAGAGGCCCCCUGCCAGUAUUUGUUGGCUAACCAAGCAGUCACUGACAGUGCCAGCCUCAUAACAGAUGCUUUGCACCUCUAGUUACUGACACCUCUGUCAUUUCUGUUAUUUGCCAUUUAACUUCCUGAGGAUGAGGGAAAUCCUAAUGUACCAACAGGGAAGUUACAGAUCAAAUGAGGAUUUCAGGGCAGUUGCAUGUGCAAAGUAUUUGUCAGGAUUCCAGAAAUACUGCUAUAAAGACCCUCACAGGAGACAUGGUCCUUUGCAUGCCCUUCUGCACCUCACUCUGUGGGGUGAAGUUGUGUAUUAUGACAUCAGUCACUCUCCUGGGAAAUAAAUGCUUUGACAAACAGAGCUGUUUAGUGGUUUGGGACUGCUGUUUUCAGAAUUAUUAAUCCUUAGUUCACAAUCCCCAAGGAAGCUGCCAAGGACCAUGUGGCUUCUGUUCAGGAUCAGUCGCUCUGGGAUAGGAAGUCCGGAUGGCCUUGUCUCCCUGGGCUCUGGGAUCAGCAGCACAUCAUGGUUUUGAGCAACAAAGCUCAGUGCCGUCUGAUGCUUAUCUUUGUGAUGAACUUGGCUCCCCCCUAGGGAGAAAGAUUGCUAAAAUUAUUUUUUAAAAAACUAUUAAUCAUUGCUUAAUUUUUUUUAUGUUCAAAAAGUCAGAUUCCCCUGUCUAAUUAUAACAGAACCAAAGUAUCCUAUAAAAACAGCUUUAUAUCCAAAAGUAUGCUUUUGAAAAAUUCUCUGAUCAGGGUGUAGGGAGGGCAGAGGGUGUGGGUAAUGGGUGAGAGGAAAAAAAAAGGAAUUUGGAUUCUAAUUUCUGACCGUCUUGACAUAUAUUAUGGUCAAGAGUGUCAUUUUCCUACUCAGUUUCAAUUCCGCAUUCUUUCUUAAGCCUUAAAUAAUAAAAGGAACAGUGGGCAGCCUGGCCUGGCAGGAAGUGUUAUUGUCUUGUAGGUGACUUAAUCUGAGCACCAGCACAGAGAAAUCAAACAUAAAAUCCCAGCUGAGCAAAGUGGCAGCGCUUCUGUGGAUCUCAGUUCCACGGAGCAGAGCACAGGCCCUCUGUGGAACGGGCACAGGGCCACCACACUAGCGCAAAGCUGGUGAGUUCCAUUGCCAACGCUUUCCCCAGUGUUCAAAAUGCAUGUUUAGCGGAUUGCAGCUUGUUUAAAUAUGUAUAAAUGAAUGUAUAUAAAAUAUACUCUAGACUAUGAGGGGAGGGGGUUUUAUUUUGAUACACACGCCCUGGCCGUGGAGGGCUGGUCAAGGUGCUCUCUGAGCAUUUCAACCAUUUGGAUUCAGUGUGUAUUUAGAGAUCGUUUCACUACUUAUAGCUGAAGGAUAUUGAUGCAGGCAUCAAGAAGGUGAAAGAUACGUGGCUUACUUGGGCUUUUUCCUGACAGACUGACUGAAAAAGCUUUGAAGUCUUCAAACCCCAAACCCACUUUGUCAGGACAGAGUGUUUUCUUAUCAGCAGCUGGAGUUUGGGGCAGAUUGGCCCUGGAGGUUAAGACAUCAAUGACCUGCUCUCUGGAAAAGUCCUUAUCUUUUCAUGGAAUAAAGUGUAUCUUUCUAAUAUUUAAACCAAAAUUGUCAGGCAUGUCGGACAUGUCACUGUUUCUUUAACAGCAAAUCUAUUUUCCCAGUUGAGACAGCAGUACAUUUCUUUACAAGAUGAAGUGGUGUUUGGAUCCAUCUGUUCAGCUGUAUCUGUAAGAGUGGUUUAUGUUCCACAGUGAAAGCUGGGGAAACUUCUCACCUUCAGCCAGAUGACAGGUGUGCUUGAGUCCCAUGCCGGCUUACCUGUAAAGGAAGGUGCUUUGGGAAAGUGGAAGUUGUGGGUAUCUUUUCAUCCUUUGAAAAUGGGUCAGGUAAGAGAAAAGACAAAGCUAUCUGAACUUAGGUUUUUCUUGUAUGUAGAAAUCUGUUCUCUCAUGAAACCACUAAACCACUUGCCUUAGCCUCUCCUGCAGUUUCUGAUGGCUUGCUCUCUCGACAAGAGACUUCCACCUGUGAGAAAUGGCCAGGCCCUUCAAAACAACAGAGUCUGGCUCAGGACGCAGUGGGGUUCUGGGAAAGCAGUGUUCAUCUCCACUACCUGUGUUUUAUAAACUUGUCAAGGACUCCGCUGCUUCACUCCACCUGUACCAUUGCAGCAUUGCCUUCUCUCCUCUUGGUGCUCCUGGGCAAAACUGGAAUUUGAAGUCUAGAACUGGCAUUGUUAUCUCCUUAAAGAGUACAGUUCCUUCCUCAACUCUGGCCUGUCAUGGUUGUUUCAUAUGCCCUGAAGAUUGUCACAUGGAAAUGUCAAUAUCCUGCUAUUCGUUUUAAGGUUUUUUAAAAACAGUCAGUCUUCUCAUUUCAAAGAACAGACUCUUAGUUGGCAGAAGCAUGUGAAAAAGAUCAUAGCUGAAUCUCAUGAAAGAUUGAAAACCAAAGUAUUCAAGACAGUGUUGUAAAAUGAAGAGGAAUUUCAUUUAUGUAUUUCAGCCACCAAGUUGUGAGAUUUUCCUGUCGUUGCUAAAUAUUCAUUGCUAGCCUUUCAGAGAACAAUUAAUAAUUGUUUGCAGUUGUGAAUGUUGUGUCUAACCUUGGCAUUUCAGCUUUUUACUUUGUGGGAACUUUUUUGUUACUAUCCUACAGAGCAACUGCCUAUCGGAAAGGAGAAGAUUGGAGAGGGAACUUACUCUGAGCCCUUGCCUAUUGAAAUAGGCUGCUGUGGGUAUGGAUCCCAGAGUGGUUGCUUCAUGGAAAUUGUCUGAAGGCUCAGUCAUUACAAUGACAAGAUCCAAAAGUUGGGAAAGGGCUUUUAAGUCACCCAGUCCAGUCUCAUAGGUGCUUAUGUUCUGCCUACAGCCAUUGCACCAAGGGGUAGAGUGGUCUGGACUUAAACACCUCUGGGGACAGAAAACUCUCUACCUCCUAGGGAAGCCUAUUCUAUCUUUGUAAACCUUUGGCUUUUCUGUGUUCUCUGUAAUUUCCAUCUUAGUCUCUGUCCUCUGAGCUCACAUGGAAUGAGUUGUUCAUCUUAGCCGAUGACUUAAUUGCUGGCACUGUCUCAGGGCACAGCACUUGUCUUUUGGGAAGGAGCAGCUGGAAAAUAGACACACUUUGGUGUCCUGAUCCUACCCUCUGAGUACUGGUCCAUUUAGUUCCUUGUUGGAGAAUAUUGAGGCAUCCCCAUAAGUCUGCUCACUUGUUCUUGCUGAAGCUAGUGGACUGGAACUGGGGGUAGGAAAUGCUAUCAGCCUGUUAAAAAUAACCUAAAACAUAUGAGGAGUUAAUUCUAUGCUUGAUCCACAAAAACUGAUGCUCACAACGUCACUUAGGGAAAACUUCGUCUAGAAGAUUUUAAAACAUUAUCAAUGCUCUGUGGAAUUUAAAUUUCCAUGGUCACCAAGAGCUUGUACCUUCAUAUUCCUGCAAGUACUUCAUGUACUGUUUUCAAUGAGAAAACAAAAGCUUAGGUACUGAGGGCUGGAGGUGGGGGGUGGGGGACACCACAUCUCAAUCUCAGAGAAUUGUGGUGAUUUCAAGCUGGAAAAUCCUUUGGAAUGCUGUGGUCCAAUCCUCCAUUUUUAGAAAGGGAAAACUAAAAUUCAAAACAACUUGCCUUGAAGUCACAUGGCAGUAUCAGGACUAACCUAUAGUUUUCCCAACUUAUCCAACACUCUUCUCAGUUUCUAACUUGCUGGAUGAUUCUUUAAUCCAGUCUAAAGUAAACUGACCUCAGAUUCUUGAGACCUUGCAACUCAGCAGUUUCCCAAGGCCACCUGGCUCUCAGAGAUUGUGAAGUGACUUGCAGAACUCAAGGUUGAGGGGAAUGAUUAGGAAAUUGCCAACUCCCAACUGCCAACUGAGUUUUGUAGAAUGAGUGGUAGGGGAGAACAGAUCCAGCCUAUAAAUUAGGGUUCAAAAACUUUGGUGGGAUAUGCAAUAUCCCAGAAUCUAAAUUCUCAUGAAAUGGGGUUGGUCUGUGAUUCUUGGUCAUAUUUCUGCCUUUCAGGCAGUCCUUUGAGGUUGUGCGAUUCGAAUGGCACUGGCUUGGACAGGCAGCUGUGGGGCCCUGUGAUUUGCAGCCUCCAGUCACUGUUCCUAAGUGAGGCAGUCAAAUUGAAGGCUCAAGAUGAUGCCUUCGGAAGCAUGGUGCUUUUGGGAUGCCUUUUAUAUUCCCUUUCACUUGAUUACAGACUAUUUCCAAGUUUAUGGUUGGGAAGAGUAAAGUUGAUCCGAUGUUUUGAGGUAGAGUCCAGCCUGGGGCAAGACGGAACCCAUUCUUAAGGUAGAGGAUGUCUACAAUCCCUUGUUGAGGUUGCAUCUUUAAACACAAACCCUUCAGUUUUCAUUUAAUGAAUAUAUCUUCGCCAAUGACAUAGGGUUGUACAGAAUCCCUUGUUUUACAUUCGUAUUGUCCAUUUAUGCCCAUCAGAAUGUGUUUUGGGGUGUGGUUAUUUUGUUUUUCUUUUCAUUUUUAACGGCCUUAUCGAAAAGCAAGUGCCCUUCCAUUCCAGGCCUCCUCAUAUUGUACUUGUUCCCUGGCAAAUUUGGAGGAUCAUUUGUAUUUUAAUUUUGUACUCUAUGGCUCUGUACUGUUGAAAGACUCUCAAUUUUGUGGGGUCUCUUAGUAUGUAUGUGACUUUUCAUAUUGUAAUAUUACACAGAUGGGACGGCCUGACUCACACUCUUAAUAAACAAUCUGAAUGAAUAACAAGA